AUGAGUUUAUUAAAUAUUGUUUAGGCUAGAAUGUCAAUAAUGAAUAGAAUUACGAAGCUAAACAGAUCAUAAAACUCCUUGCUUUAAAUCUCUUAUUUAUUGAUCAUUCCAAGAAAAGCAUAACAAGAAUUUAACAUGAAGUAAAUAAGUAAAAUGGUAAUACAAUAAAGGAAACUUAAAUGCUUUAUCCUUACAGAAUAGUAUAGGAUAAACAAUCUAUUUGAAGCAAAGCACAAAGAGAACUAUCGAAAAUAUAUGACUGAUAGAUUGAAGGAAUAGAAUUUGAAAUUCUUAACUUAUUUUGCAUAAACAAAGGAUAAUAUAUGA